UAUUUCUAAAAUCCACUCAAAGAAUUGGCACUUGACAACGUUGUGCUGUACUUGUCAAAAAGCUGCACUUGCGUACUAUUUAAAAAAAUAAAUUAAUUGGUGUUUUUCCCAUUAUUAAAAAUGAAAAAGUAAUUAAAUAAAGUUAUGGCACGUCAAUUCAAGUAAACAGAACUUAAUUUUGCCAUUAAAUUGAUUCCUCUACCUCAAACCAUCCCACACACCGCUUUGCAAUGGUGAUGGAAACGAAAACCACGAGUAAGACAAGCUGUCUGAAGGCCCUUUUGCUGAAAGCGUGGCGCGAGCGCUGGACUGACUUACAAUGGGGCAUUAACAUCAAAACGGUGUUACCACGAGGCGUCAGUGGCGAUGUUUACAACUUGGCUGAUUGCAUUCUCCAACAAGCGGUAGUCGGUGCCGGGGCCAAUCAGUUGGUUUUGAGUUACUUGAGACACUCCUUGAGCGCCCAGUUAGUCUCACAUGCGGCUGUGCUUCAACGCCUCAGCAAAUACAACCAACUCAGUAAAGUCCACUGCGUGUUUAGCCUACUUGAGUUCCUCGAAGGCAUGCUUCCGGGUGUCACUUGUUGUGGCAAACCGGAAGAAACCGUCCUGGCCACUGCAAUUUUAUCAAUUGCUUGUUGGCUCCUGACUAUUUUAUUGCAAUGCAAAGGCACCGCUCAUUUGACUCAGAAAGCCUCGUUCUUGCUCACCACGCUCAUGAAUGACGAUUUUUACGUCUCCAUGAUGUGUCUAGCGAGGUACAGCGAUCCUGAAUUGUUUACUGAGACCAACCGCAAAUGUAUUGAGUUGAGGGCGUCGUUGUCCGAUUCUGACGAGUUAUCUAAAUGCGUUAAAAAACUGGAAAACAUCGAUGUUAACAUUUUGAGCCUCCCGAUCAAUAGUGAGAAAUGGCCAGGUGCUCUGAUCCAGUGUUGGUUGGAAGUCAAACUCGUGGGUAAUCCCGGAGCGUCCACUAAUUCCCUAGCUGAACAGUUGAGACUCUUCCAAAAAUUGAAAGGUUUUGACGGUCCGCGCCUAUAUGCCGAAUUGAUGAGAGGCAGUCUCUUGGCUUUAUAUGACGUGAAUCAGACGGCACACGAAAGUCAAUGGGGGGCCUUUGCCUUUCUGAAGGUACCUCACAUUCUGCUCGAAUUGGCGGGCAAGAGUGACAGUAACAGUAUUGUUAGUGCAGUUGAGCUGAUGCUGCAGCAUAGCCCACUGUUGGACGCAAUGGAUGCGAACAGCUCGUGUUCAAGCUUGGAGUGUCUUUUAGGCGAAUUGGUUAAAGCACGAUUGAUUACUGAAGUGCAGCUUAAACAUUUGUUGGAGAAGAGGAAACCACCGCCGUCCGUCAAGCUGGACACGGCCCCAGCUGCUGCGGGGAUUCCCAAAGUGAUUAUUUGUGCAGAACCCACUCUUGCCGGGAUUUUGAAAACAUUAUCGACUGAUUAUCACAAGAUACAGGACCCCCUUUUGGGGAUGUUGCAUCAAGUGUUGACUGGGAAAAGCUUCGAGUUGAUUCUAGCCGUGGCUACGGUGCAAGGCCAACUGAGAACGCUUGUUACAAGACUGAUCCGUUUCAACGAAUGUUCCAAAUCAGGGGGUGACAAAGCACGGGCCCAAUUGUUCGAUAUAAGUUUCCUGAUGUUGGUGGCAAUUGUGCAAAAUUAUGGCGCCAAUGCUGUUCUGGACCCUGACGGGGAAUCGUUGUUUGAGCAGUGGGUUAAGUCAUGUAUGGUUGAACGGCAGCGGCCGAAAGCACCCGAACAGCUCCUUCGUCUGGGUGAUCCUGACACGAUUGAAAUGCUCCUACAACAAUUCAACGCCGGUGAAUCCGAUUUUAAACCGAACAUCAAAUGGCAGGACGUUCUCUUCAAUAUGCCCGGAGUUAUGCACGAAGUGUUGGUGGCUUGGGAACAGGGGGCUUUAGUGCCCUCGGACGUGAAGCGGAUUUUGGACGCUGUCCGUGGCCGAAUGUGUUCGCUACCGUUGGCUGCGGCCGCCUGGCUUUGCGCUUACAUGCGGACAGCCCCCCAAGAAAACCUCCUCAAGCCCGUGAACAUGGUGCAGCAAUUACUAGCCCCCCCAGCGGCCGAGGAAGACAGUUUGCGGGAGCGCUGGCAACUCACGUGCGAGAUCAUCCGUAAAAUGCAACGUGACGUCCAAUUGCCUCUCCAGACGAAAAGUAGCCACCACCUGAUUUCGAGACAACCGGCUGUGGAACAGUUACACAGUGCCUGGUCUGGGGCUAUUCGCAGGGGUUGGCUGGACCACAGCUCGGCUAAAACCUUGCACUGUUUGCUCGAUACGGCCGGUCCGAGGUGGCUAGUGUCUGCCGUUAUACAAGAAAUGCUAAAGUUGAGAUACCGCGACCAGUUGCAGAGAGGUGUGGAUCUGGCUUUGGCGGCGUUCCAUGUCGAUAUCAGGGCCUGCACUUUGGAGCUGCUCUCGCAUGUUUUGCCCCAAAUGUUGUAUAACGAUCUCCAAGCGGACUCGCUCAUGGAGCCGCAUUUGAUCGCAUUGGCUUACUUGACCAGUUAUUGCGUGUACACGGCGUUUGAUGCGUUUUCGGAAGAACCGGAAGAACCGAUGGCUAAAGUUGCGCGGCUUAAUGAGGGUGAGGAUGGCACGCUGAUUGAGCAACUAAUUUCGACUCUCAGACAACUGAUGACGAUUUUUGAGGAUGGGAUACAAGAGGGUUACAUCACUCAACAGACUUAUUUCGCGUUUUAUUUGAUUAAAAGUCUGGUUGAGGUGAAAGUGAGCACGGCGAGUGCUCUCUUGGCUGCGAUUCCGCCGGCUCUUGUGACAGACUUGCUUCGGACUCUGCCUGAACUUUUUACUUACCCGAUUUUGUUGCAUCUGCACGAUGUGUUUAAUACUCACGGUCGGAAUAACAUGGCAAAGGACUUGUGUAUAUUGCGAAAUUACCACUUGAGGAACGUUUCGCAGGAGAGUAAUUAGAUGUGAUGACUUAUUUAAAUAAAGCAUAAUUGAAAAAGA